AUGACUUGUGUCAAGUGUGGAAGAUCUGGUCAUUACGCCAAUGAGUGUACAUUCGACAAAAUGGUGUGUUACGAAUAUAAUGAGGAAGGGCACUUCAAGCAAGACUGCCCAAAGAGGAAAGGAGCUAAAAAGCCAAAUGUACCACUGGAGCACUAUGGGAGAUGCUACGAAGGAGUAACUUGUUUCAAGUGUGGGAAGACUAGGCAUUACGUUAAUGAUUGUACAUCCAACAAAAGGUUAUGUUACGGAUGUAGGGACAUGGGGCAUAUGUCAAAAGAUUUCGCGAAGAAAAACGAAUCAGUAAAUGUGCUAAAACCAAAGGCAAGAGCAUUCCAAAUGAUCCUUGAUGAAGCAGGUGACAAUGAAAGGGAUCGGGAAUAA